AUGAUGAGGAAUUUUAUCGCAGUUAUGAAUAUUCUGGCAUUAACUCUGCCCUUUUUGGCUGCCGAGGUGCAAAACCCGGAUCCAACAUGCCCUGAAAAGGAUGAAAUAUUGUAUGAUCAGAGAAGAGUCCUGAAUAUACCAGUUCGCUAUAUGCUGAGCAGAAAUCUUCGUUAUGAACCUAAUUAUUACCACUAUAGGCCAUUUGUAGCUAUUGACCCAUAUAUGUAUUACUCCUUGAUUACAAGAUUGCUUCUGCUUAGAUCACCAGCCCAAAUCUUCCAAUGGCAAACAAUGCCAAAUCUCCCCCAGCCUACUGAGGUACCGCAUCCUAUUCCAAGCCCAUCCUUUCUUGCCAUUCCUACAAAUCAAAAUGACGAUACCACCGCCAUGCCAACUGUUGACACCAAUACUCCUGUUGAGUCUACACCAGUCCCUAUCAUUGAACCAGUGGAAAUUACUGUGGCCAAUCCAGAAGCUUCCACAGAGCCAGUUAAUAAUCCUGAGACUGCUACAGUCCCAGUACUUUCAAGUGUAGCAUAA